CUCUGUCAUGCGGAACUCGCUCUGGAGAGGAUGUUGUGAGACUGAAGCAGCAUCCCGUUAGAGGAGAACGCCUCCUCACGUUCCUCACGUUCCUCCUGUGAUGAGACAGACGGACUCCUCCUCUUCUCUCUCCUCCUCUUCUCUCCUCCUCUUCUCUCCUCUGUGGCCGACAGUCCUCAUCCCACCGGGCCUCACCAGCAGCCCCGCAGCGACACGUUAGCUAGCGGCUAACGGCUAACGCUAGCAGCAGGUUUGACUUUUUAAUGAACCAUCACAAUGAUAGUCGAGGAGCUGCGUUUCAACUGUACACCUGAUCUCUCCCAGUUGUGAUGGGAAUGAACCACUGAUUCAAGAGGGAACAUAAAUCCUGGACGCCGUGACGAACGGGACGUGGUCGAUCCAAGAUGGAGAAAAAGAAAAUGUGCCCUCGCCUUCUGGACUACUUGGUGGUGGUCGGAGCAAGGCAACCAAGUAGUGACAGCGUGGCCCAGACGCCUCAGCUCCUCCGCCGCUACCCGCUGGAGGACCACCACGACUUCCCGCUCCCACCCGACGUGGUGUUUUUCUGCCAACCCGAGGGCUGCCUGAGCAUCCGCCAGCGACGGGUCAGCCUCCGCGACGACUCCUCCUUCGUUUUCACGCUGACGGACAAGGACUCGGGAAUCACCCGCUACGGGAUCUGCGUCAACUUCUACCGCUCUUUCCAACGAGGGCACCAUCGCGCUCGCGGAGACAAGGGCGGCCACGCGGAGACGGCGGCACAGGCGACCGAGACCGGCAGUGAUGGGUCCGACGGCAGCAGCGGCGGCGGAGGCCCCACCUCCCUGUUAUCGCCGCCUAAUAAUGCCGAGUCAGCACCUCCGCCCGCCCCUGGAGAAGAAACCGGACAGCCGGGUGCCGAGCAGAACGCCGGCAGGUCCCCACAGCACAGGCGGAAUGCAGCCAAGAUGGCCGCCAGGAACCGCAACAGCACGCUGACCUCGCUGUGCAUACUCAGCCACUACCCCUUCUUCUCCACCUUUAGGGAAUGCUUGUAUAUAUUGAAGAGGCUGGUGGACUGCUGCAGUCAGAGGCUAACUCAACGAGCCGGGCUCCCUCGCACCACCCAGAGGGACACCAUGUGGCGAGUGUUCACCGGGGCGCUGUCGGUGGAAGAGAAAGGCAGCCAGCUGCUGGCGGACCUGCGGGAGAUUGAAUCCUGGGUGUACCGGUUGCUUCGCUCACCGGUGCCGGUGGCCGGUCAGAGGCGUGUGGACGUGGAAGUCCUGCCCCAUGAACUCAAACGGCCACUCACCUUCGCCCUGCCGGACAACUCUCGCUUCUCCAUGGUCGACUUCCCCCUGCACCUGCCCUUAGAGCUGCUGGGCGUGGACGCCUGUCUUCAGGUCCUCAGCUGUGUCCUGCUAGAGCACAAGGUCAUUCUUCAGUCCAGAGAUUACAAUGCUUUGUCUAUGAGCGUCAUGGCCUUUGUUGCUAUGAUCUACCCUCUGGAGUACAUGUUCCCCGUCAUCCCCUUACUGCCAACAUGCAUGGCCUCUGCCGAGCAGCUUCUCCUUGCCCCGACUCCCUACAUCAUAGGUGUACCUGCCAGCUUCUUCCUCUACAAAGCUGAUUUCAAAAUGCCAGACGAUUUGUGGCUGGUGGACCUUGAUAGCAGCAAGGUUAUAGCACCAACCAAUGCAGAGAUUCUACCACCUCUUCCAGAGCCUGAAGCAUGUGAGCUUAAGAAACAUCUGAAACAGUGUCUGGUUAGGUUGACCGUGAUCACCCAAAAGCAGAUCUUCUCCUCUGAAAAUAAGGCCUUGGCCAGUAUGAGUUUGAACACCCAACCCAUCCUGAACCUGGAGAAGUUCCAGGAAGGUCAUGAGAUGCCUCUGCUCCCGCCUGGACGAGACAAAGCCUCGCCGUCCUCCACUGAGUUCAACCCUCUAAUUUACGGAAAUGACGUUGAUUCUGUGGAUGUAGCCACCAGGGUGGCCAUGGUUCGGUUCUUCAACUCCCCAAACGUUCUCCAGGGGUUCCAGAUGCACACUCGCACCUUGCGCCUCUUCCCCCGGCCCGUGGUGGCCUUCCAGUGCACGUCUUUUCUGGCGUCUCGGCCACGGCGCUCCUGCUUUGCAGAUAAACUGUCUCACACCCAGGCAGUGGAGUUCUAUGGAGAAUGGGCUCUGAAUCCCUCCAACCUGGCCUUUCAGAGGAUACACAACAAUGUGUUUGACCCCUCCUUAAUCGGAGACAAGCCCAAGUGGUAUGCCCACCAGUUACAGCCAGUGUCCUACCGAGUGUACGAUGGAAGCUCCCAGCUGGUGGAAGCCAUGGCUGGUCCCUUAGAGGAUGAUGGGAACGAGUCUGACCCCACAGACAGUGGCAGCGACAGCGAGGCGUACGACGACUCCAGCUCGUCCUAUUCUUCACUCGGAGACCUUGUGAGUGAGAUGAUCCAAGGUGACAUCCAGGGAGACACACCAAGCUUGGACCCGCCUACCCACGCUGCACUGGGAGACGCUAGCGAGGUUGAGUUCCAAGACCUCCACGACUUCAGGGACGGCCAGGGCUCCGACGGUCCACCGAGUGGAGACGCACCCACCGAACCCUCUGAUGGACAACCUCUACGCUCCAGCUCCAGCACAACUGCGAGCUCAAGUCCCAGCACGAUCAUCCAGGGAGUCAACCAAGAGCCAGGGGAAGCACCUGAAAUCGAGGCGUUAGCCGGUGCCGCUUUACAGAACCCAGUCUCCGGAUUGGGCGGUCCGCCGUUCCUCAGACCCCCGGUCGACGGCGGCCUGGCGGACUCCGCCAGCAAAAAGCAAGAGUACGACAACCCGUACUUUGAGCCUCAGUAUGGCUUCCCCUCAGAGGAUGACCCCGAUGCAGAGGAGCAAGUGGAGUCAUACACCCCUCGAUUCAACCAGAACCUCAAUGGCAACAAGGCACAGCGUCCUUUACGUCCCUGCAGCCUGAGGCUCCCAGGAGAGUCCGACGGGGAGGGAGACUCCCGCAACAGCUCGCCAAACUCCACCAUUUCCAACAGCAGCAAUGAUGGAUUUGGAGGACUCAUGUCGUUUGCCAGCAACCUUUACAAGAACCACGGCACCAGUUUCAGCCUGUCCAAUCUUGCUCUUCCCAACAAGGCUGCGAGGGAGAAAACGCCGUUCCCCAGUUUAAAAGGCGCUCGUGCACCUCGAGCACUUGUGGACCAGAAGUCUUCGGUAAUCAAGCACAGUCCGACGGUGAAGAGGGAGUCGCCCUCUCCUCAGGGCCGAGUCAACAACACGAGUGAGAACCAGCAGUUCUUGAAGGAGGUGGUGCAGAGCGUUCUGGACGGUCAGGGAGUCGGCUGGCUCAACAUGAAAAAAGUGCGCCGCCUGCUGGAGAACGAGCAGCUCCGCGUCUUCGUUCUGAGUAAGCUGAACCGAGCCAUCCAGUCGGAGGAAGACGCCAGACAGGAGAUCAUACGUGAUGUGGAGGUGAGCAGAAAGGUGUACAAAGGCAUGCUGGACAUCUUGAAGUGCACGGUUUCCAGUCUGGAGCACUCUUACACCAACGCAGGCCUCGGAGGGAUGGCCAGUGUCUUCAGCUUAAUGGAAAUAGCACGCACACAUUAUCAAACCAAAGACCCAGAAAAACGCAAGCGAAGCCCCACAGACAGUGCCGGCAGCCCGGGGAGUAAAGAGAGUCCUACCGGUCCCAUGGAGACCGCCAGACCUCAGGGGCUCCUGAAUGUUCCUCACCUGCAGGUGCCGCACCACGCCACGGGCAGGGGGAACCGCCAUUUUGAUACGCGGAGUCUGAACGAGGAGAACUUUAUUGCCUCGAUUGGGUCUGAUGGAGCAAAGCAGCAGCGCCCCCAGGUGACUGAUGCCGAGGAGAAGAAAUCACAGAUCAGUGCCGACAGUGGCCUCAGUGUCUCUGGAUCUCAGAAGAGCGACACAGAGUCAGUAACGAGCUCGGAGCCACCGAUCCUGACGAGAAGCACCAGCCAGGACUCAGAGGCCAGCACAGUGAUAAGCAACAGCUCUGGAGAGACUCUCGGUGCUGACAGCGACCUGAGCAGCACAGCUGGAGACGGACUCGGUGGGAGGAUCGGUGCUCAUUUAACUCAGUCCAGAGGGACGCUCUCUGACAGCGAGAUUGAGACCAAUCCAGCCACCAGCACUGUGUUCGGAAAGACUCACACUCUGAAACCAAGUGCAAAAGAUCACGCCCUCGCUAUGGCCAAGGGGCCGCCCGCUCAGCCCAUGGAGGACAUCAGCAUGAGGAUCUAUCUCUGUGAAGGCCUGCUGGGCCGCGAUAAGAGCUCCGUUUGGGAUCAACUAGAGGAUGCUGCCAUGGAAACCUUUUCUCUAAGUAAGGAGCGCUCCACACUGUGGGACCAGCUGCAGUUCUGGGAGGACGCCUACCUAGAUGCAGUGAUGUUGGAGCGUGAGGGCAUGGGCAUGGACCAGGGACCACAGGAGAUGAUCGAAAGAUACUUGUCACUAGGCGAUCACGACCGCAAGCGUCUGGAGGAUGAUGAGGACAGACUUCUGUCGACCUUGCUGCACAAUAUGAUCGCAUUCAUGCUAAUGAUGAAAUUGAACAAAAACGACAUCAAGAAGAAAGUGAGGCGUUUGAUGGGGAAGUCCCACAUCGGCCUCUCAUACAGCCAAGAGAUCAAUGAGACUCUGGACAAACUGACCAACAUGAACGGCCGUGAGCUGUCCAUCAGGCCCAGUGGAAGCCGUCACAUCAAGAAGCAAACAUUUGUUGUACAUGCUGGCACUGAUACCACAGGAGACAUCUUCUUCAUGGAGGUCUGUGACGACUGCAUAGUCCUGCGCAGCAACAUCGGCACCGUCUACGAGCGCUGGUGGUACGAGAAGCUCAUCAACAUGACCUACUGCCCCAAGACUAAAGUCCUGUGUCUCUGGAGACGCAACGGCCAGGAGACGCAGCUCAACAAGUUCUAUACCAAAAAGUGUCGCGAACUCUACUACUGUGUUAAAGACAGUAUGGAAAGAGCUGCAGCGAGACAGCAAAGCAUUAAACCAGGUCCGGAGCUGGGCGGAGAGUUUCCCGUCCAGGACAUGAAAACUGGUGAAGGUGGACUGCUGCAGGUCACACUGGAAGGAAUCAACCUUAAGUUCAUGCACAGCCAGGUUUUCAUAGAGCUGAGUCACAUUAAAAAGUGCAAUACAGUGAAGGGAGUCUUUGUCCUGGAGGAAUUUGUUCCUGAAACUAAAGAAGUGGUGAUCCACAAGUACAAGACCCCCAUGGCACAUCAAAUCUGUUACUCCGUCCUCUGCCUUUUCUCCUACGUGGCGGCAGUGAAGGGGAAGGAGGCGGAAGGAAAACCCAAGAUUCUGUCACCGAGACCCCUUCCUAGCUAGUCUACACCCCCCCACCCCACCCUUCUCCCCCACCUCCCCUACCACCCCCACCCGCCGUCCUCGUGCCUCUCUACUUGAAAUGGCAUCUCAGCUCUAAAAAAAAAAAAAAAACAAAAACAAAAAAACAGACUUCUGACAAUCCCUAACUCUACUCUUAAGCACACAAUUCCUGCUCCCUCCUCUUGUACAUAAAAGCCUAACACCCCUUUUUAGACCCUGUCGUGUAGACGUGUUUAGUCUGUGGUGUUUGUGUAAAUACUUCCGAACCCCUCAUCGCUGUCGAACCCAACUAGCUAAAUGUUUGCCUGCUCCUAAACGCGGGAGGAGCGACUCCCCUUUGAGCUCCUCUACUCAGUGUGAAAGUCUUCUAUUGUUCCUGCUGCCAAGAACCCAACUGUUUCUAGGAGAUGGUGAGGGAUCGCCCCCGAGGCACAGAGUGCAUGCAGGUCCCGUGCACAGCCUUGACUUCACUACAGAGUAGCUUACUCCCCCCCGCACCCCCCUCUCCCUCGUCUCCAUUUGACUGUGUGAGUUGUUCUGUGAUAUGUGGUUACUGUAAAGUUCCAGUCCGUCCAAGUUGAAAACAUCCAGAGACCCUCUUGUCGUGCAGGUCGUCCCAUGCUGAACAAUGCUACUGUAUACUGCACCGGAGCGCCGCAUGUCAACGCUUCUUCAAAGUGUUUGAACCCCAAAAUAAUGUGAGUGUUCUCAGAUGUGUUCUCUUGCCCUAGAUCGGCCCGCCGGGCUCAAUUACUGUUCUAGUUCUACUGUAAAAUUUCUCGUCUGUGGUCUGCUGUUAUCAAUUGCAUGUUACUAUGAGUAUGACAAAUAAAUAUUAUAUAUAUUUCUAUAUAUAGUAUUUAUUUAAUACAAACAUAUAUUGACUGUACAUUUCUCUGGAAAAAAAAAGUUACAAAUUGUUGAUUUGCUAGAUGUGCAAUACUUAAUAAGUAGUUAGCCAUUGCCAGAGCCAUGUUUUCUUGAGUUACCUGGCUUCCACAGGGUGAAGAAUGUAAGAAAGAAUUUUUUUUUCUAUAGUACAUAUUGAUCCAAGUGAAUAUGAUGUCAUUAGUUUGAAUGUUUUUAAAGUUUGUCUUUUUAAAAAAUGUACAUCAACAAGUCACAAGGAAAAGAAAACAGCUGCUGUCUAUGGCGCAAACUUUGGAGCUUUUUUUUUGUCUCUCAGGCCAAUUAGUGAUGUCACAAGGUGUUGGAGAUGCUGUAGCAAACGUAGAUGGUACAGAAACUUUUUACAUUUGAAUUCAGCCUAUGAGACAUUUAAAAGAGUCUUUGUCGGUCAGAAUUGUUUGUUGGGACAAAACAUUUUAAGAUCCAAGUAGUCGUUUGUUUGGCGAAUGAGAAGAAAGAGAAAAACCAAACCAACCUGGCUCAAACCGCUGUUACACCACAGGGUUUUUUUAAUUUACUACAUCAAAAUAUCCUGGAAAUUUGUUAGCAAACAAACAAAGUGGCAAAAAAAACAAGUGGCAAAAUGGCUGCAAAUCCAACUCAAAGUCUUCAAGUUUAAAAGUAGCUACAGACUGUUAGUAUCACUUUUCCCUUGUUAACAAACCACUUUAAAUAUUUAACACAACUGCAGAAGCUAAUUUAGACAGUUUGUGAAGUGUCUUCAAGGCUAGCAGCGGGAGUAACGUUAGAAAAAUAAGCAAAUGUUCCAAGGUGGGUUUAAUAUGCUAUUCAAUUUUUAAAAACAGGUUGGCAAUUUUUUUUUUUUACCCAAAUUUCCAGGUACAGGGCCACAUUUUCUGAUGGCCUUUGUUAGAAAUAUUCUGCCGUGCCUCUGUUGACCUGUACCUGGAAGUUGAAAAGAAAAUAUUGUCACAAAAUAAAUAAAAUCCAUCCAGGUUUAAGUGAAACAGAAGUAAAAUCUAAAUUUCAAAAGUCAGUGUGAACCCUCUGUACCUGGAACUGAACAAAUAUCAAAACCAACCACUUGCAGAAAGUGACAUCCAUGCCACAAUCUAUAUUAUUGAUUCAUAAUUAAAAAUACCCUGGCUCUAAGAUGAUUUAUUGAAAUCGUUUUUGUCUGACCAACAGUGCAAAAUCCAAAAGUAUUUCACAUUUGAGAAGCUGAAGCCUGUGCAAAUAAAUUAAUAACAAAUAGAGACUUGCAUGAUUAAAAAUAAUUGAGUUUCUGCUUCAAAAAAUAUAUAUAUGGUGUAACACUGGUAUGGUCAGACAUUUGCGUGAACUCCAAAAGCAGCCAAGUACGAUAAAAACACCCGUUUCAACAUCUGCCGAAAGUCUAAAAUCCUCCAAAGUCACCAGCAGCAGUUUUCCAUCCUGUGAGGUGUUGACUCCUAACAGAGCGAAACUUAAUGUUGUUUCUGUUCAGUGAUAGUAAACAACGGCUGAAUCUGGUCCGUUCACUUUCACAGUGUGUGUGUGCGUGUGUGUGUGCGUGUGUGUGUGUGUGUGUGUCCAUGUGGUGAACAGUUUCUCCAGAUCAGCAAUAUAUCGGUACAGCUAUAUCACUGGAAGAUGUUUUGUUUUUUUUGAUUCUGACAUGCUUGUAUUUUUAUUGAUUUAAACUGUGCAAAAGGAAAAUAAUCAGGAUAUUCAGAAGAUGGCGUUCCACUAAUGAACAUGUUAAAUAUAAAUAAUAUAUAAAUAAGACCAAACACGAUUUGAAGCGUCUCUAAGAUUGGUUCUGAAAGGAAACUCCUCUUUUCUGCUUGAGUUAAAGAUGUUUUUUUUAAACUGGAGUAUUACAACUCAUCUCUGUCAUUGUACUCGCCGGCUGCUGUGGAAUAAAUGAAAUUGAGAUGCCAGGUUAAAGUAUUCCAGUAUUUGAAAAAAAGUAUUUAUAGAAUAUGUACAGCUUUGGCAAUAUAAUAAAGUU